UGGAUGCACCUGAACCGGGUGAUGUUGCUGACCAUAGACGAGACGACCAUCACGCUCAUCCCCAGGUUCCGUGUGACGCGGGAGGACCCCACCACCUGGACCCUACACAUCCUCCAGGUGGAGCCGGACGACACCGGCUACUACGUCUGCCAGGUCAACAUGGAGCCCGCCAUCAACCAGGUCGGCUACGUCCAGGUCGUCGUGCCGCCGCAGUUCGUGGACGAGGAGAGUAGCGUGUCGCACGUGUCCGUGCAGGAGAGCCACGACGUGCGUCUGGUGUGCCGUGCCCGGGGCGUGCCCAACCCCAACAUCCGCUGGACGAGGGAGGACGCCCACCCCUUCUCCGCCGCCCGUGGCAGUCAAGUAGUGAAGCACAUCGACUCGGAGGAGCUGGUGCUGAAGGGCGUCACCCGGAAGGACAUGGGCGCCUACCUCUGCAUCGCCACCAACAAGGUUCCGCCCUCCAUCAGCAAGAGGAUCGUCCUCGACGUUCACUUCCAGCCUCUGAUCACGGUACCAAACCAGCUGGUGGGUGCCCCGGUGGGCACCUCCGUGACUCUGGAGUGCCAAGUGGCAGCCUUCCCUAACGCCGUCCACUUCUGGCGCUUCAACGACCAGCUGCUGAUCAACUCCUCGCGACAGGAGACGCAGGAGCUGCGCAACGGCUACACCACCACCAUGAAGCUCUCCCUCAGGAACCUCCGACACAAGGACUUCGGAACAUACGUCUGCGCCGCCAAGAACUCUCUCGGGGCGACGGAGAGCAACGUCAGACUCUAUGAGAUCGUGGUGAAUCGCGGCUCUGAGGAGAAGCCAGAGGACUCCAGUAUGGGAAACUCAGGUCUCAGGCCUCAGCAGCGUAACGAGGACCGUCCUAAAGACCCGUGGCCCUCAGCAGAUUUGGACUCUGACUCUCCUGACUACACCCUGGAUGAGAACAGCAUCAGGCGCGGUCGUCUGGGAGGAGGGCUGACGAAGGACAGGCAUGGCAGCAGCAGGGGCGGUAUGGGCGCCCCUACCUCUAGCAGCUCAGCAGUACCCCGCCUGUGGGCUGGCCUCUGGUGCAGCUGCUGCCUCGUCGCACUCAACUGCGGGGCCACCACCGGACACUUGGCUCGACCGUGGGCCAGCGUGGGGCUCCUGAUGCUGCUGCUGCUGCUGCUGUAUCCGGCUGCAUCCUGGCCAUCCUGUCUACCCGGCGCUGCAGGUCACGCUCACGGCCAUCUCCACACCUGACAGCUAACGCAGUC